AUGCCUUUUUCUCACCACUCUCAUUCGGGAGAGUUUUGCCCUAGCCAUGCUCAAAACACUUUGGAGCGGGUGAUCCAGACAGCUAUAGAGCAAGGUAUGGAGGUUUUCUGUUUAAGCGAGCAUAUGCCACGCUCUCAAAACGAGCUAUAUGAAGAAGAAGCCCAAGCCGGCGUAACUGCAGAAUCUUUAGUGAGCAAUGAGGCAAGGUAUUUCAAGACAGCGGUUUGGCUACGGGAACGAUAUGCCUCGCAAAUCAAGAUUCUCAUUGGAUUUGAGUCAGAAUGGAUCCAGAGCAGCGUCUCGCUUAAGCUCAUACACGAUUCGCUAUCGAGGCAUCCUUUCGAAUUCUUUGUUGGAUCUGUGCAUCACCUCCACGGGAUCCCCAUCGACUGGAGUCAAGCUCUAUACUCCAAGGCGCGAGAAAUUUCUGGUGGAACAGACGAGCGUGCGUUUGAGGACUAUUUUGAUGUUCAUUACGAAAUGUUGCAGCACUUGAAGCCCCCGAUAGUAGGUCAUUUUGACCUAAUUCGGCUUCAUUGUGAUGAUCCAAAUUUAUCAAAUGGGGGACUUCAGAAAUGGGCCGGUGUCUGGCAAAGGGUGAAGAGAAACCUCAAAUAUAUCUCGAGCUACGGAGGGCUUCUGGAAUUGAAUUCUGCUGCACUGCGGAAAGGACUGGAGAUGCCAUACCCGGCUGCAGAAAUUUGUCAAAAAUUUCUCUCUAUAGAUGGCAGGUUCUGUCUUUCUGACGAUAGUCAUGGAGUCGCUCAAGUUGGGGCAAAGUACCACGAAAUCUUGGAUUACAUCCAAGAGCAAGGUAUCAAAAAUCUCUACUUCUUGGAAUUGGCCCCUGUGGGAAUAAGCAGAGGGCUGGAUCCACGAUUUCCGCGCACUUUGGUGAAAUAUCGUUCUUUGGCAGAGGUGAAAGAGAUGGAUUUCUGGAAGCGAUAG